AUGCCGCUGCACAGACUCCCUGGAUGCCUGGAUGCUGUGGCCUGUGGGCUCCUGAUUCUCCUCCUCCAUGUGAAGGGUCAUGACUCAUCUGAGGCCAACCCCAUCAGAAACACACAUACAGGCCAGGUCCAAGGCAAGCUCGUCCACUUGAAAGGCACCAAAUCUGGUGUUCACAGCUUCCUGGGAAUUCCCUUUGCCAAGCCACCCGUAGGACCACUGCGCUUUGCACCUCCUGAGGCUCCUGAGCCAUGGAGUGGUGUGAGAGAUGGAACCUCAGAGCCGGCCAGGUGUCUACAAAAUGAUGAUAUAGUGAAUUUAGAGGGUCUGAAGAGGAUAAAGAUGAUCAUGCCUCACUUCUCUAUGUCUGAGGACUGCCUGUAUCUCAACAUCUACGUACCAGCUCAUGCCAAUGAGAGUUCUAACUUACCUGUGAUGGUAUGGCUCCACGGUGGUGCACUGGUUAUGGGCAUGGCUUCCAUGUAUGAUGGAUCCAGGCUGGCAGCCACCGAGGAUGUGGUGGUGGUUGCUACCCAGUACCGCCUGGGAAUCCUGGGCUUUUACAGUACCGGAGAUGAGUACGCCAGAGGCAACUGGGGAUUCUUAGACCAAACGGCUUCCCUACGCUGGGUCCAGCAGAACAUUGCCAACUUUGGAGGCAACCCUGACUCUGUCACACUUUUUGGCCAGUCAGCAGGUGGCACAAGUGUGUCUUUCCAUGUUGUGUCCCCCAUGUCCCAAGGACUCUUCCAUCGAGCCAUCAUGGAAAGUGGGGUGGCUCUGCAGCCUCUCUUUAUAUCUAACUCCUCUGAGACAGUCUUCACAACGGUGGCAAAUCUAUCUGAUUGUGAAACUUCAAACUCAGAAGCUCUGGUGCACUGCCUUCGAGGCAAGAGUGAAGCAGAAAUUCUGGCUAUUAACAAGGCCUUCAGGAUUAUGCCUGUUGUAGUGGAUGGGAAAUUCCUACCCAGACAUCCCAAGGAGUUGCUGGCCUCUGCUGACUUUCACCCUGUCCCCAGCAUUAUUGGUGUCAACAAUGAUGAGUUUGGCUGGAUUCUCCCUACGGUCUUUGAAUUUUCUCAGACAAUAAAGAAAAUAACCAGAAGGAACUUGCAGGCUAUUCUGAAGAUCACAAUGGCACAGAUGAUGCUGCCUCCUGAGUGUGGUGCCCUGCUAAUUGAAGAGUACAUGGGGGACACUAAGGACCCCCGGACCCUCCAAAUGCAGUACAGAGAGAUGAUAGGAGACUUCACAAUCAUAGUCCCUGCACUCCAAGUAGCACGUUUUCAGCGUUCCCAUGCUCCUGUCUACUUCUAUGAAUUCCAACAUGGAUCUAGAUUUCUCAAGAAUUUCAGGCCACGGCAUGUAAAAGCUGACCAUGGUGAUGAGCUUUUCCUUAUCUUUGGAUCCUUCUUCUGGGGCACCAAAUUUGACCUCACUGAGGAAGAGAAGCUGCUGAGCAAGAUGAUGAUGAAGUACUGGGCCAACUUUGCACGAUAUGGGAACCCCAACAGCAAAGGUCUACCCUACUGGCCAGUGUCAAGCCAGGAUGAUCAGUACCUGCAACUGGAUAUCCACCCUUCUGUGGGCCAUGCCCUGAAGGCCAGAAGGCUGCAGUUCUGGACCAAGAUUCUUCCCCAGAAGAUUCUAGAGCUAAAAGGAGUUCAUGACACAAUCAAAGAUGUAUAG